CCUGCGCCGCGGACGGGGCCGGUGGGACGGUUGUGUCCCCCCCGCGGGACCGUGCCCCGUGGGUGUCCGGAGCUGCUGACGGUGCCCUCGCGCAGUACAUGGUAACUCUGACACCUUCUGGCCAUCCCAAUAAUGAAAACGGAAGCUAAGGAUGGAGAAGAGGAAAGCCUGCAGACAGCAUUCAAAAAGUUGAGAGUCGACACAGCUGGAUCUACUGCUUCUCUCUCUGUGGGUGAAGGGACAAGUCCAAGAGCACUAGUUAGAACAGUGGCAGAUGAAACCAAACCUAAGAGUGUGUGUACUUCUAAGGAAACCUGGCAUGGGUCUAUGAAGAAGCCUUCAAGAGGAGUUGUGAGAACCCAGCGUCGCAGGCGUUCCAAGUCUCCAGUUCUUCAUCCUCCCAAGUUUAUCCAUUGUAGCACAAAGUCACAUUCCACGUGCAACCAGCUAGCACAUAAGAGCCAAAAUGAUGUCCAGGACGACAGCAGUGGCUAUGGGAUGCCAGUCCCAAAGGAAACUUGUGCACACGAACGAUGCAGUGUUGCUCCUGACGUUGGCCAUAAGGGAGCUGAUGUUGAGUCUUUGGAAGCUUCUGCUAUGCAGUCAGUGUCAAAGAUCAGACAGGAGAACUCUCCAGCUUCUCCAGAAUCUGAAGCAAGCCUAAAGACUACGGAGCUUUCUGACUUUCAGUCUAUGUCCAAGCUGAACACGAAUAAGCCGUGUGCAUGUGCAGAUAAAGCCUGUCAGUGUAAACGAUGGCAAGAUAUGGAAGUGUACAAAUUCUCUGGCUUGCAGAACACCCUCCCGUUGGCACCUGAUAGAAGAACAGUUUCUGAGGAUCACUCCCAGUCUUUGCCAUCAAGAACUCCCUCAAGCUCUCCACGCUCUUGUUCUGAGCAAGCCAGGGCCUUUGUGGAUGAUGUGACUAUUGAAGAUCUUUCAGGAUACAUGGAAUAUUACUUGUAUAUCCCAAAGAAAAUGUCUCACAUGGCAGAAAUGAUGUACACCUGACAGCAAUGAGCACUGUAAGGGUGUGUGAUUUAAAUCUGCCCUCAGUCUCACUCAUGUGAGAUGCAACCUACUUUCUGCUCACUGUGCUUGCAAUAAAAACACUUCUCUUUAUCUUA